AUGCGAAUACCUUUGUCAGGAUCCAAAGAUGUCGAUCCAAAUAGAUUACUGCCUCUAUUUACGAAGGUAAUGGCAAUGUUCACACCGGCUGAGCUGAAGGUCGAAUUCAAGGAGAUUCUAAAUUUUACCACAUUCUUGUGCAGCGUUUUAGUGAGGGAAAUUAGACAGAGGGCUUCUAGUCAUGGUACAGUUGACGCUGCCGCUAAUAUCGCUGAGUACCUUCAGCAGUCUUCUUCCCAGAAAGGAUGGUUGUUACUGAAUUCUAUCUAUUUCUUGAUAUCCACGGAUGACGAAGUCAUCAUCAACUCAGUCUGCAAGGUGUCACUACCCAGCACUUUGGUGAAGACUAUUUACCUAUUUUUUGAUCUUCCUGUCAAUAACGAAUUUUGCGAACCACGAGAGAAGUUGAACCAGUUACUCACAUGUCUCCUAGAUAGACUUUGUUCUUUCAAGUAUGUCAGUGAAGAAUUGGCUAAGAAAGACGAUUUACUUUUGCUCUUUAUUGGCUCGUCAUCGUCUUUACCUCAAGAAAAUGUUCAAUGGCGAAAAACCACUGCACGUGUCCUUGAGGCAUUGUCGGCUAGGAGCCUGACUCCAAAUGUGAUAAAAUACAUAUCUACAAAGGAUUGCAUUCGAACUUAUCUAACGAAUAUAAAAUCUCCGAAACUUCAAACACAGGCAAGUUUCACUGUUUUAGCAGAAGUCGCAGAAAUGAUUAUUUGUUUAUUGUGCGUUUUAAAAGAUUCGGCCCGUCAGACAAAUCAGCUGAUUGAGAAUUUCAGUCAAUCAAACGGAUACCUCGCCAUCAAGGACUUCAUAUUGAAGAAUGAAGAUUGUGAGGAUAUCAUUCGAAACAUACUUCUCAUGCUCGUUUCGGUCAUAACAAAUGGUCCACUAGAAAUCAAGCCUCAUCAUUCAUCUGGUCUCGUUCAACUUCCGACAUUCCAUUUACCAAAUCCGUCCGGUAAUGGGCUUUCCGUCCGCAAUAUCCAGGCAUUCGGUUUGAUUCAUAAGAUUUUUCUUGAGAGUCAGAAUCCUGCUGUUUGUGCCAAUGUUAUUGAUACUGUUCACUCCAUAUACUCGUGCGAUCCAGCAAAUUAUUUUAUUCUUGAUAAAGAGUAUCCACUUGCUUUGUUCAUAGAACAGCUAGACAGAAAAGAUGAGAUUGUGAGAGCCAAAAUUUUCGAACUUGUGGAAUAUUGUGUGUUUCACCUCAAUUACAUUCCUUGCAAGGAGUUGAUAGGUAUAUGUGUCCAAAUGAAAACAGAACUGGCUUCUGGCCAGCAGAGUAUUUGCAUCUCUGGUGUUCAAGCGGCGUUUCGUCUUCUCACUGUCGAUUCAGUCAUCAAGGAUGCUUUUCGUGAGGUUGGUCUUCUAGAUACCCUAUGCUACAUAAUCAAUCACCUGUUCGCGCAAUAUAAACAGCGUAGCCUCACUGACAAUGAGAAAAAACUUGUGUUACUGGCUACUGAUCUUUUAACUGUGAUUAUAAAAGGAAAUUUGGAAAAUGCUAGGAUGUUUUCGGAUUGCUUUGGAGCUCGCACAUUACUUAGUGUGCUCACUGUGGUGAAUGGUGAGUGGCGGAGUAGUAGUUUACAACUGCUGAAACAACUGCUUCUUCUUGCAUCUACGGAUCAAUAUAUAGCGGGAGUAAUUCAGGUUAUCAGUCAAGUUGGUCCACAGCAGCAACUUGAACUCAAUGUAGAUCUCUUGAAGACCGUAUUGGGCGUUCUUCGCGAAAGUCAUAAAGUGCGGGUACAAUUUCGUAAAACUGGUGGCUACCUCGGUCUAAUUUCAAUGCUUCUUGGUCUUGAGGGAGCCUUCUCGAAGAUGAAGAAUACUGAAGGUUCAGUCGCUGUCGAAGCUGUCGAAUUGCUUGACUUUAUUCAUCUGAUAUUCAAAGUUCUGACUAUAAGUAUGAGGUUCGAGCCGUCAAAUGCCAAGUAUUUUUCUACUGAGGUGAGUUGGGACAGCAUUACAACUGUGCUUCGAUUGAUGGGUGCGUUUAACGACAAUACAAUGGUCAAUGUGACUGAUCCCGAAUGGCGGUUACAGGGAUCUGAACUGAAAAACGAGUUGGCUGCUUGUCAUGCAGUUUUCAAGAUGGAUGAAGAUAUUCAGUCAGGUUCGAUCCCUGCCGACAUGCCGCCUUCAAUUUUCUUUGCCUGUUACAUCAUACGACUUCUUUUUAACAUGGCACUAGAUAAUUACGAGAAGAUGUCUUCCGAUGUAACGUGGGCGUCUCCUGAGGGGUCGCUAGAGGAUUGUAUUGUCUCAUGGACUUCUUCCGUUUUGGUGCAUCCUGGAGCUGUUCAAUCGAUUCUGUCACUUCUGCCAUCCAUACAUUCGGAAAACACCAAAUGGCAUGUUGGUGCUCAGUACUACUGCGGUCUGCUCUUGAAAGCGCUUUUGAAGCCGGAGAGGAAUCAACAGUUAAUGUGUCAAGUGGACAUGCCUCGUCAUCUACUGUCGAUCGCCUCAAAAUUAUUUCUUUGCGAGGAGCACAUAUUGCUGCACCCAUUCUACUAUGUACUGGAACGUUUGUCGUAUCAGUCCAUGCAACCAAGUCAGCUUAGAAACUUCUUACGUCUCGAUCUACCUCUUUGCUGUCGUAAUUUGGACGAGUCCACUGACGAUGAGCCUCCAAGGCCAAACGAAGGAGGCCCUGUACCAUUGCAAAGGUUUGCUUUAAACGAAAACUUUUAUGUCUGUCAACGAUAA